GACCGUUGGCCCUUGGCCGCGGACCGCGUGGGCCGAUAACUUUGCCAGACGAGACUUGUUUUCCCUGGGCAGUUGGAGGGUCUCGCGGCUCCUACCCUUUCUCGGAACGAAUCAUUUUUAAAUUUCUCGUUAGAAACCGAGUCGGCGCCGGCAACCUUUGGGUGAAACGUAAUCAGCCCGCGACUCUGCCUUCCUUCGUGGUCACGGGCACCAGCUAGGCCGCUAUUAUUUCGCAAGGCAGAAGAGAAGAGGCAUCCUCGCGAGGAGACGAGGAACCUCGGGGGAAAAUCCUUUUGUGGCUUCAAGUGUCUAAGCACAUUAGAGUCAGGAACGGCGCCCUCCAGCGUCCGCCAUUUUUGUGGCGUCGCCGCGUCACUGCUGCGCCAUCCCCAGCGCAGCCACUCGCCACCGCGCUCCUUUCCCAGUGUUCCCCGGCAGGGCGGCCCAUGCGGUGACGCCGCCUGGGCGCCCGGUACGCCGGGAGUUGUAGUCCCGGUGGCACAGCCUUGCAGAGUCUCCGGAAGUGGAGGCGUGAGCGACGGGGCAGCGCCUGCUUGGGGUAGCGGGACUGCAGAAGCUGGGCGCCACUGCCGGGCCGGUCAUGAACGGGCCGGCGGACGGUGAAGUGGACUACAAAAAGAAAUACCGGAAUCUGAAACGGAAGCUCAAGUUCCUCAUCUACGAGCACGAGUGCUUCCAGGAGGAGCUGAGGAAAGCGCAAAGGAAAUUACUGAAGGUGUCCCGGGACAAGAGUUUCCUCCUAGACCGACUUCUGCAGUACGAGAAUGUGGAUGAAGACUCUUCAGACUCAGAUGCCACUGCAUCAUCAGAUAACAGCGAGACCGAGGGGACACCCAAGUUGUCUGACACACCGGCCCCUAAGAGGAAGAGAAGCCCUCCGCUGGGGGGGGCCCCCUCUCCCUCCAGCCUCUCCCUGCCUCCUUCAACAGGGUUUCCCCUUCAGGCCUCCGGGGUUCCCUCCCCAUACCUGAGCUCGCUGCCCGAGCCCAGCCCCCUGAGGCCCAAGCGGGAGAAACGGCCCCGCCUGCCCCGGAAACUCAAGAUGGCGGUGGGGCCCCCUGACUGCCCUGUGGGAGGACCGCUGACCUUCCCUGGCCGGGGUUCUGGGGCUGGGGUCGGGACAGCCCUGACCCCCCUCCCACCCCCCAAGAUGCCCCCCCCUACGAUCCUGAGCACGGUCCCUCGGCAGAUGUUCAGCGACGCAGGUAGCGGGGACGAUGCCCUGGAUGGGGACGAUGACCUGGUGAUCGACAUCCCGGAGUGACCGCGACAUCAUGCCAUGCCCACCACAGCCCUGCCCGGCGCCCUCCCUGUGCCAGCACACACGAGCCCAGCUUCCUCGGAGGUGUUUAUUGACGCCCAGCUGCCAUGCUCCGGCCACUGACACAACCAGAAAAGGCGUAAACAUGCACGGGUGUCCCCCAGGAGGGUGGCAAGGGCCCUGCCUUCAAACUCUGGCCCCCUCCAGGGGACAGUUAUUUAAACGAGUGGCCGGGAGCAUCUGCCCCCUGCUGGGGAGGCAGAGACCCUGCGAUGGCCACCCCUUUAAAAGGGCAGCUGUACAGGGCUAGGUUUUUGCAAUGAAGUUUCUGUAUUAAAGGAGUGGCUCUGGG